AUGGAGGAUUUUCGGAGUUCUUCUAAUAAGAACAUUGCAGCUACGAACAAGGUGAUUACAAGUCUUGGCGCCACUCUCAAAUGGAGAAAGAAGCUUUAUCUAAGUUGUGUCGCAGAUGUCAACCUUUUCUUGCAAAAUCUCAUAGAGACUCAUGACUCAUUGCUUACAGUCUCGGUUCGAAAACAUCUAGUUGAAAAAUUAAAACCAAUAUUCUCCAUGCUUAAUUGUAUGGUGGGUGUUUCAGAAUCUGAUGCUCUUCAAAAACAAGGGGAGAAGCUAAGAAGCCAUCUGAUGAAGAACCCAAAAGCACAGCUGGUGACUCUAGUGAGAUUAAGAUGUGGAUCAAAAGUUGAAGUUGUUGAUAUAGAUGAACCUAUCCGUUGCGAAUACUCUACAUUAUUAACUACUCCAGCCCUUUGUCAAGAAGGAAGACUCAACGAACUACAAGAUAAUUUAGAAGCAGUGAAAAUGGAACAACCACAAGUGAGGUUGAAUGAUGCAGUUACAAAGGAGUGUGUUGUAGAGAUGCAAUGUGAAUUUAACAUAACAUGGCUUCAUAGAGGGGAUGCCAUACUUAAUGUAUCAAGUUGUGAAGCCACUCAACAACAUGGUGGUUAUUGUGCUAAUCAAGAGGUAAUUUUUGUCUUCAUCAAGAAUUUUUCUUCUAGAGAUACAAAGCUAGAUACUAAGAGUCGAGGUUUGUGUUUGGUUCCUAUUUCAUGUAUUGCUCAAGUUACAUCGGUUAUGCUAUCUAUUAGCAUCUUGUUCUUUAUUAUCAAGAGAAAUUUGAGGAAGGCUGCAGCUCAGGAAGUGGUUAACAAAGUGAGGCAGCACAAUGGUCUGUUGGUGGAUCAGGUGUAUUACCCCAUAUUUUUGUCUCUAGUUUCUGCUUACUGUAACAUUCUUGAUGAAUUAGAGGUGAAGAAUACAUGGCUUUCUGUGGACCAUAUGAAUCAGAUGCUAAUGAUUAGGAAGGUAGAUCCGACUUUGGACAUGGAGGCUGAUGAAGGAGACAAUUACACACAUAUUCCAGUAAGAAACAGAGUUGGAUGA